AUGCAGAUCUGAUAACAACGGCGGCUUUCGUGCGCAGAGAACGUAGAACAGGAAGUUGAAGAAGCCGGAGAGAGAGAGAGAGAGAGAAGGAAACUGAGAUUCUAAGGGUUUGGUUUCAAUGGAGGUUGGUGAUACGCCAAAAAAUAAAUACAGCAUAAUUGUCCCAACCUACAACGAGCGCCUCAACAUCGCCCUCAUCGUCUACCUCAUCUUCAAGCAUCUUCGGGAUGUGGACUUUGAAGUGAUCGUCGUCGACGAUGGGAGCCCAGAUGGUACUCAAGAAAUUGUUAAGCAAUUACAGAAGGUUUAUGGUGAGGAUCGAAUUUUGUUAAGACCGAGACCGAAGAAGCUCGGGUUAGGGACCGCUUAUAUUCACGGUCUGAAACAUGCCACUGGUAAUUUUGUUGUAAUUAUGGAUGCUGAUUUAUCUCACCAUCCAAAGUAUUUGCCCAGCAUCAUCAAGAAACAAUUGGAGACUGGUGCUAGUAUAGUUACUGGAACCCGUUAUGUUAAAGGUGGGGGUGUCCAUGGAUGGACCCUCAUGCGCAAACUAACAAGUCGGGGAGCAAAUGUCCUUGCACAAACACUUCUAUGGCCUGGUGUAUCUGAUUUGACUGGAUCUUUUCGGCUUUAUCGAAAAUCAGUGCUUGAAGAUGUUAUUAGCUCAUGUGUUAGCAAGGGAUAUGUCUUUCAGAUGGAGAUGAUAGUUCGAGCUUCUAGAAAAGGCUACCAUAUUGAAGAGGUACCAAUUACAUUCGUUGAUAGAGUAUAUGGAACUUCAAAGCUUGGAGGAUCUGAAAUCGUUGAAUAUCUCAAAGGCCUUGUGUAUCUUCUGUGUACUACAUAAAAUGCAUCAAAAAGACAACUCUUUAGUCUUUUUUUGGGCUCUUGUGUUAUUAUUAAUUUUUUCUCUAUCGAGUUGUAUGAAAAACUUUUUUUGGUUAUAUAUUGAUCAAAAUUGACAAAUUCAAUCAAAUUCACAGUGGUUAUUCUUCUUUA